UGUAUAUAAAUAAUAAGUUGUCCUUGUGCAAAAUUCCACAACUCAAGGAAAUUGAGAUAUCAAUUUUCACUUAUAAAUCCAAAUCCAAGUAGAGAAAAAAACUUGAAAGAAGGAAAAAGUCAAAUCCAAUGGCAUCCUUCACUAAACUCAUCUCAAUCUUCUUGUUUCUCCUCUGUUUUCUCUCAAUCCAAGCUGUUUCACAAUCUGAUGAAUGUGAAACCACAGUCAAUUCAUGUACAAACAAAGGCAAAGCUUUACGUCUUAAAAUCAUUGCCAUUUUCUCGAUCCUCAUUGCGAGUGUUAUCGGUGUUGGCUCGCCACUCGUCACUCGAUCCAUCCCAAUGUUGCACCCGGAUAGAAACAUGUUUGUCAUUCUCAAAGCAUUCGCAGCAGGUAUCAUUCUCGCCACCGGUUUCAUGCAUGUUUUGCCUGAUUCUUUCGAUAUGCUUUGGUCGAAUUGUCUCAAGGAGAAUCCAUGGCAUAAGUUUCCCUUUUCGGGUUUCGUCGCUAUGAUGUCUGCCAUCGUCACCCUCAUGGUGGAUUCUAUGGCUACUAGUUUGUAUACCAAGAAACAUAACGAAGUUAUGCCCGAGAAUUCUCCGAGAGGAGGAGAUGAUCAUGAGUCGCCUGUAGUGAGUGGUGGCCAUUUCCACGGCCACCAUCAUAUGGAUGCUAAAGAAACUAAUGCCGGUUCUCAACUCUUGCGUUAUCGUGUCGUUGCCAUGGUUUUGGAAAUGGGAAUUGUGGUUCAUUCAGUUGUGAUUGGACUUUCACUUGGAGCAACAAAUGAUACUUGCACAAUCAAAGGUCUAGUUGCUGCUCUUUGUUUCCAUCAAAUGUUUGAAGGGAUGGGUCUGGGUGGCUGUAUUCUUCAGGCAGAAUACAAGUGGAUGAAGAAAGCAAUAAUGGUAUUCUUUUUCUCAGUGACAACCCCAUUUGGGAUAGCACUUGGAAUAGGUUUAUCAAAAACAUACAAAGAAAAUAGCCCUAUUGCACUCAUAACUGUGGGAUUGCUAAAUGCUUCUUCAGCUGGCCUUCUCAUUUACAUGGCUUUAGUGGAUCUUCUUUCUGCUGAUUUUAUGGGCCCUAAAUUACAAGGCAGCAUCAAACUUCAAGUCAAAUCCUACAUUGCUGUUCUCUUAGGAGCUGGUGCUAUGUCUUUAAUGGCAAAGUGGGCUUGAUUUGAUAUUUAAUUCAACCCCAAUCUAAGCUUCUCUUCUUCUUCUUCUUCUUUUUAAUUUCUUUCAAUAAAUUAAUGUAUGUUCACUCUAAAACUUUCUGAUCAUAUCAUAUCAUUCAUUUCUCUUUCUUUCUCUUUCUUUUUUGUUUUGUUUUGUUUUUUUUUUUUUUUUUUUUUUGUGUUUGUAGAUUGUAAUUAUUGUGAUCUCCUUAAAUGUCAAUGAUAUGGUGUACUUUUGUAGUUCUUGAUUA